AUGGUGACUCCGGCUGUCAUCGCCGCCUUCGUGGUGGUGACUCUGGCUGCGGCCUACCCAUUCGUGACUCCGGCUGCCGCCAGCCUGGUCGUCACUACAGCUGUCAUCGCCGCCUUCGUGGUGGUGACUCCAGCUGUCGUCUCAGCCUACCUGGUGGCGAUUCCGGCUGCCACCUGCCUGGUGCUGACUACGGCUGUCAUCGCCGCCUCCCUGGUGGUGACUACGGCUGUCAUCGCCGCCUGCCCGAUGGUGACUCCGGCUGUCAUCGCCGCCUUCGUGGUGGUUGACUCCGGCUGUCAUCACCGCCUGCCUGAUGCCUGGUCGUGUAGCACUACAGCUGUCAUCGCCGCCUCCCUGUUGGUGACUACGGCUGUCAUCACCGCCUGCCUAAUGGUGACUCUGGCUGUCAUCGCCGCCUUCGUGUUGGUGACUCUGGCUGUCAUCGCCGCCUUCGUGGUGGUGACUCUGGCUGCCGCCUGCUCCUUCGUGACCCCAACUGCCGCCAGCCUGGUCUUCACUGCAGCUGUCAUCGCCGCCUUCGUGGUGGUGACUCCGACUAUCGUCUCCGCCUACCUGGUGGCGAUUCUGGCUGCCACCUGCCUGGUGCUGACUAAGGCUGUCAUCGCCGCCUCCCUGGUGGUGACUCCGGCUGUCAUCGCCGCCUACCUGGUGAAGACCCUGGUUGUCAUUGCCGCCUGCCUGGUCGUGACUCCGGCUGCCGCCUGCCUGGUCGUGACUCCGGCUACCGCCUGCCUGGUCGUGACUCCGGCUGCCGCCUGCCUGGUCGUGACUCCGGCUGCCGCCUGCCUGGUCGUGACUCCGGCUGCCGCCUGCCUGGUCGUGACUCCGGCUGCCGCCUGCCUGGUCGUGACUCCGGCUGCCGCCUGCCUGGUCGUGACUCCGGCUGCCGCCUGCCUGGUCGUGACUCCGGCUACCGCCUGCCUGGUCGUGACUCCGGCUGCCGCCUGCCUGGUCGUGACUCCGGCUGCCGCCUGCCUGGUCGUGACUCCGGCUGCCGCCUGCCUGGUCGUGACUCCGGCUGCCGCCUGCCUGGUCGUGACUCCGGCUGCCGCCUGCCUGGUCGUGACUCCGGCUGCCGCCUGCCUGGUCGUGACUCCGGCUGCCGCCUGCCUGUUCGUGACUCCGGCUGCCGCCUGCCUGGUCGUGACUCCGGCUGCCGCCUGCCUGGUCGUGACUAUAGCUGUCAUCGCCGUCUUCGUGGUGGUGACGCUGCCGCCUGCCUAG